CCAGCAUGUUAAGUAAUAAUGACCAUCUGUAGAUACGCUGGACAGUAACAGAGUGGAGGACAAACUCCUGUCAAUAAAAAGCUUUUCUCUGCAUUGCCCAAGGCUGUAAUUAAACCUGCUGACCCUUACUGGAUUUCAGAAAAGGUGUGGUGUAGCUGAGAUGUGAUAGGAAAGUCAUGAUGUGUUAGUACAACAUUAAAAAUAAACCACCCGACAUGGCUGCCCACAAGAUACGUACUGCCAAUGCUGGCAGUCUUCCGCGGUGCAGAUCCGAGGGAACCCUAAUCGAUAUAAGUUGUGGUGUCCUGGAUUCCAACUUAAGCGAAGUAAAAGGAUCUGAUUUCCUGGCUGACUGUUCUGUCCCUUCUCCAAAUGCCUUACGUGUGGACAGCACCACCUCAUUUGGAAAUGCAAAAGAAGUUGUAGCAAUCAAAGACUACUGUCCAACAAAUUUCACUACUUUGAAGUUUUCUAAAGGUGAUCAUCUGUAUGUUCUGGACUCUUCUGGUGGAGAGUGGUGGUAUGCGCACAACAACACUGAGAUGGGUUAUAUCCCUGCUUCGUAUGUGCAGCCGCUGAAUUUUCGGAAUUCAUGUAUGAGUGACAGUGGAAUGAUAGACAACCUUACCGACAUCUCUGAUGAAGGUGUUAAGGAAAUGAACCUUUUUGAUGACUGGAUGGGUAGUGUAAAGUUGGAGCCUGUUAAAACGUACCAAAAUAAUCCUUUUGUUAAUGGAGUUCCUGCCAAUCCCUUUUUAAAUGGAGGGCUUCAGGUUUCGCCUAAUCCACCAAAUGUCCAGAUUCCUAAAUCCAAUGGUGACUUUUUACUUUUUGACUCCUUUGGACCUUCAUUAAGUGUGUCAAGCCCUAUAACCCCCAACAGCAACAAUACCAGUAUUUUUGAUGACACUUUUUCAAGUAGCCAUGCUGAAUUUGAGGAGCUCCUCAAACAGGACAACCCAUUCUUCAGAAACAAACGCUCAUAUAGUUUAUCAGAGCUCUCUUUUCUCCAGGCCAAAUCAGGACAGUCUGAAUAUUCAGGAUUCUUUUCAGGUCUGAAAUCUCCAACACCAGAACAGUUUCAAAGUCGGGAAGAUUUUAGGAAUGCAUGGCUCAGCCACAGAAAACUGACUAGGUCUUGUCAUGAUCUGGCUUCAUUAGGACAGAACCCUGGCUGGGGACAGACUCAGCCUAUAGAGACUAAUAUUGUUUGCAAGCUAGACAGCUCCGGGGGAUCAGUUCAACUACCAGAUACAGCUAUCAGUGUUCACGUGCCUCAAGGUCAUGUGCCUUUUGGGGACACCCAGCAAAUCUCUUUGAAGGCCCUUCUGGAUCCACCAUUGGAGCUUAAUAGUGAUAAGUUAACUACCGUGAGUCCAGUUGUGGAGAUUAAGCUAAGCAAUAUGGAGGUUAAAACAUCUGUUACAUUGGAGAUUAAGCUUUCAGCUCAGGUGAAGAAGGAUGCAGCAUGCAUGGGUAAGGCUGACAUUUUGUGCCUAAGGUCUGAUACAAAAGAAGGACCCUAUGUUUUGGUGCCUCAUACAUACUGUUAUGGAGAUGCAAUACAAGCCCAGCUUGAUAAUUUGGAGCCAUGUAUGUACACAGCAGUAGUAGCACAAGCCCAGAGUGCAUUUUAUCCUACUACAGUUUGGGAUUAUAUUGACAAAAAAAUUACAGUUGGUGUCUAUGGCCCAAAGCAUUUACAUCCUUCUUUUAAAACAGUUGUGGCUGUCUUUGGUCAUGACUGUACUCCAAAGAUGCUUCUGGUGAACGAAGUGGGACGCCAAAUGCAAACUGCCUCUGUAGUGGCAUUGCAGCUUUGGGGAAAACAUCAGUUUCUGCUUGAGAAACCCCAGGACGUAAAGAUAUGCAUGUACUCUAAUAUGUCAAACUAUGAAGUUAAGAUGGAUGAGCAAGGAAAGAUAGUGCGUGGCUUCCAGGUUAAGCUUGGAAAGGUGAGUCGCUUGAUAUUUCCGAUUAUCUGUCACACCCCAGAUGAAUUAUCAGACUUCACUUUGCGCAUUCAGGUAAAGAGUGAUGCAGAUAGCCUGUUGAGUCAGUUUUGUGUUCAGACCCCACCCCCACCCCCUAAGUCAGCUGUAAAGCCUAGUGGUCAGAGGCGAUUUCUAAAGAAAAAAGAAGUUGGAAAAAUCAUACUAUCACCACUGGCUGUUACCACUAAGUACCCAAAAUUUCAGGAUCGUCCAGUGACCUGCUUAAAAUAUGGAAAAGUGCUCAAGACUGUGAUGAGGCAAAGCAAGAACCCAUAUCUGUUGGAGUAUAAAAAGGGUGAUGUAGUGGCAUUGUUAAGCGAAGAGAAGAUCAAAUUAAAGGGUCAGUUGUGGACUAAGGAGUGGUAUGUUGGGUACUAUCAAGGGAAACUGGGGCUUGUACACACCAAAAAUGUAUUAAUUGUUGGCCCAAUAAAGCCAGCCUUUUUCACUGGACCUGAACUUACCAGUUCUGUGCUCUUAGAACAAAUUUUGAGGCCUUGCAAGUUCCUGACUUACAUCUAUGCUUCAGUGAGAACACUUCUAAUGGAAAAUAUUAGCAGUUGGCGGGCCUUUGCUGAUGCUCUGGGAUAUGGUAGCAUGCAGCUCGCUCACUUUUGUCGAGCAGAUGUUGGCAGUGAAUCGGAACGUGUAGCUUCUGUAUUGGAGAAAUUAAAAGAAGACUGCAAUUCUGUUGAGAAUAAGGAGAAAAAAUCUUUUCAGAAAGAGCUGAUGGCUGCACUGCUGAAGAUUGACUGCCAGGGGCUUGUUGCUAGGUUGAUUCAGGAUUUUGUGCUUUUGACUACAGCUGUAGAGGUUGCUCAGCGCUGGCGGGAACUGGCUGAUAAACUGGCCAAAGUAUCCAAGCAGCAAAUGGAUUCCUAUGAGGCCCCACACAGGGACAGAAGUGGAAUGCUGGAUUCAGAGGCCAUGUGGAAGCCAGCAUAUGACUUCAUGCUGACAUGGAGUGCACAGAUGGGGGACAGCUACAGAGAUGUUGUACAUGAGCUCCAUGUUGGUCUUGACAAAAUGAAGAAUCCAAUCACCAGAAGGUGGAAGCAUCUCACUGGAACCUUGAUCCUGGUCAACUCACUGGACAUCCUACGAGCCACUGCCUUCACUCCUGCAGACCAAGGUGACCUUGCCAUCUAAUGGCUACAGUGACCAUAGCCAUCCUUGGUGUGGAGAACAAAAUCUCCUCUGUGGUAUUUCUUACACUACAGACUUGUUGCAGAAAGAGCGUAGAAUUUUUAUAAAUAACUGUAGUUUUGCACAGCUGUUUGUGUGGAACGUUUCUGUCCGGCCACUCUGUGGUUAUGGCUGAGUAAUUAACUUGUUUUUGGCAAUUUGCUAUUAGACAUCUGAUUUAGUGCUUUGAACAACAAACUUAGGUUUUAAGAGUUCAGCUCUUUAAACCACACUGGCUUUUCAAGGAAACUAAAAACUUUUACAACUAUUGUGAAUUUUAAUGACCAUUAGCCUAUUUUGAAUUCUUCAGAAAAGAUUUUUUGAUACAAGCACCUGGAGUGUUUUUAUUUGCACCUUUUUUUUUUUUUUAAUAAUUUUGUCACUUGGUGAAAAAAAAUGGAAAUGAGCACCAUUGUACAAGGUUACAUUUAUUUUGUAUCGCACAGGGGGAAGUCUUACAUGACUGUGAUGUGAGUGGAAGAAACUGAUGGAGAUUUGCACAGUUGCUUAAGGGUCAUCGAUGGCUUUGGAAAUGUAAAUCUUUUGGGUUAAAGAACAAGGGAAUGAAAAUUAUUAUAUUAAUUUGUUUUGUACUAAUUUGGAGGUUCCAGUUUUUUAUUCCUGUGGUGCUUUUAUUGUCUUAUUUCAUUGUGGCACCCAGCUUUAUAAAGCAUAAUAUGAAAUUUGGGUGUAACAUAUUUUUUUAAUGUGCAAAGCUGCAGUAUACUUUUUUAUAUGACACUAAGAACAACCCCUCUCUUUUUUUAAUUUAGAAUGUUUCAGUGAUUUUUGUUAGUCUCCUUUUAUAUAGGUCUGUGAGGCUAUCAGUGUAAACCAAUGCUGUUUUUUUUUUUCAAACAAGCUUUUUUAUUACUUUUUAUUAGUGAUGUUUUGUAAAUUCAUUUUCUUGCACAUUGAUCUGUUUAUGGGAAGCAAAAUAAUUUAAAUGUAGUUGUACAAAAAUGUGGCCACAUGUAUAGUGUUAUGUAUAUAGUAUAUUGUCUGGUUUGUGCUGUGAUCUGAAGUUGUUCUUCUUUUCACAUUGAAAUAAACCUUCAUAAAGUAA